AUGGGUGUAACCCGUGGUAGAUAUAUAGGAGAAGCUUUAAAACAAUUGCAAGAUACAUUUGGUGAUACUUUUCAAAUAUGGUUUGGACUAUUACAUCAAAUUUGUGUAUGUAACCCAGACGAUGUUCGACAUGUAUUCACUCAUCGACAUAUUUAUGAACAGGGACCCAAAUAUAAGCGUCAUGCAGCUAUUAUUCUUCCUUUAUUUCGUCGUGGAAAAAUCUUGAAUAAUUAUGAUUUAAUUGUUGAUUGUACUGAUAAAUUACUUGAUCAAUGGCGUUCAAAAACUGAGAGUGAUCCCAAUUAUAUUCAUCUCAACAUUGUCGAUCAAUGUCAAAAUUUAUCAUUGGCAAUCUUUGGUUUUAUUGCUUUUGAUUAUGAUUUAGAAGCAUUAGAAGAAUCUAAUAUCAAUAAAAGAAAUAAACUUACACAGGCUUUAAAUGAUUUUAUAGAAAUAUUUUUUCAAGCAGUUACUAUACCGAAUUCUAUAAGCAAACUCUAUUUAAAACUCAAUUCUCGAUAUCAACGUGCAAGAAUUAUUAUUGAUGAAUGUUUGAAUCAAAUAAUGGAACAAGAACAAAGAAAAACAUCCGAACAGAUUGCUGCUCAAAAAAGAACUAGUUUAAUUGCAUCAUUGGUUACAUCAUUGCAACAAGAUGAAAAGUCUGAAGCGACAAAACCCGAACAUGAAAAAAAAGGUUUAUCUCGAACAGAAGUGAUUAAUGAGUUACUUCUCUUUCUUGUGGCUGGCGCUGAAACUACUGGAUAUGUAAUUGCUUGGUUCAUUUAUUUUAUGAGUAAACAUCCUCGUGUACAAGCUAAAAUUAAAGCAGAACUUAAUGAUAAUAAACAUAACCGUAUGACUAUCGAACAAAUUGAAUCUUUGAUUUAUUUAGACUGUGUUCUUCGAGAAGUCUUUCGUUUUCUUCCACCUGCUGCCGGUACAACUCGUACACUAACUAUAGAUGAUCGAUUACCUGGAAGCGGUGUUCAAUUACAUAAGGGUGAUGAAGUAUUCAUUUCAUUUUAUAAUUUGACUCGAGACAAACGAUGUUGGAAAAUUGAUCCUAGUUUAUUCUAUCCAGAACGUUUUCAAGGUGAAGACAAAGAUUAUCCGCCUUAUGCAUUGAUUCCUUUUGGCAGUGGUCAUCGACAAUGUAUUGGUCAAGAUUUAGCUCGUUUUGAAUUAAAAGUAAUCAUAACAAGAUUGAUGCAACAUGUCACUUUUGGUGAUGGUGGUCCUGAACUAAAUGCUGGUGGAUAUAUUCAACAAAUGACUACUAUACCCAAACAUGUUGGUGUUACCAUUACAUUUGAUUAA